AUUAAGGCCUUUAUUCUCUUUAAUAUACUACUUAUGCCUUUUAUCUCUUAUAUAUUUAAAAAGGCUAGGAAAGCUAUAUAUACCCUUGCCCUUAAUAGUAUUAUAAUAAUAAAUAAGAUAAGGCAUUUAAAAGAGAAAAACUUAAAAAGGCAAAAGCACCUUAGCUAG